AUGAUCUAUGAUGACCAAAACCACGGAAGCCGUCGGAUGUCUGCGAUAGAUCCCAAAUCAAGCAUUCGCGCCCUCCGACAGGAACUUGAUAACCUACGGAUCAGCAGCGCACAGUCUUUUCUUGACCUGGAAGAGCAGAUCGACAUGCUCUCAUCAUCAUACGGUAUCCUGCGGGGGGACUACCAAGCUCUCUCCGACAAACACAACGAACUCCUGGGGCUUUCACUGAAGCAGUGUAAAGAGCUAGGCAAUCACGCCAAGGUUUUGAUGGAAAUGAGCGAGUGGAAAACGCGCACGGAGAACAGCUUUGCUGCGGUACGCGUCCAAGGGCAAGAACCGGAGGUUUUGUAUCUCGACACACCGCGUUCAACAUCCACGGCGGAUAUUAGACUGGAGGAUCUGAGAGAUACUCCUCUUGCGACGGACAGUCAGGAUGUUACAUCGACUUCGGAUGGACGAGACCAUGGUGUCGGAGGAAUACCACCAUCUCCGAUCAUGCCUCCCACGACGCCUGAACGACGUGCCAAACAUCCGCGCUUGGUCCUGAGAUUAUCGGCCAAGCCAGUCACGAAGGAGGAAGUCCUGGAAUCCCCUGGUGCUUUGGCAACAGAGCCGCGACGCCCGAAGCGCGUCAGGAAGCCCACCGAGAAGCGCAAGGCCGCUGAGCUGGAGGCAGCGUCGGCAAGGAAAGCAAGGAAGCUGAGUUGCAAAUCAGCCCCGUUCUGA